AUGGACGACUCUAUGGACGUGUCUGCCUUCGAAGUUGAUGCCUCAAGCGACUUCGAGGUUCCAACCAAAGCGAAGGCAAAAGCGCCCGCAAAGGCAAAAGCGCCCGCAAAGAAAGCUGCAGCACCCAAACCCAAACCCAAACCCACAAAACCAUCAACACUCGCAAAGCCCGCAAAAGCUGCGCCGAAGACCAAAAAACGCGCGAAGCCGGAAUCUGACGAAGAGAACUCCGACGUAGAGGCUGCGUCCAUUCACGAUGAUACACUACUCUCAAACACACCUCCUUCAGCGAAGAAACAGAAAAAAGCACCCGUGUCGAAAAAGGCAGCGGCAGCGCCGCUCGCUGAACUUGAGAACGAAGCGUCGGUGCCGGUCACCAAAUCGCAAAAGGACGCGACAGAAAAAUACCAGAAGCUCACACAGCUUGAGCACAUCCUCCUGCGUCCGGACACAUAUAUUGGCUCUGUGGAGUACACCACUGAGCAGCUAUGGGUCUACAAUUCGGAGACUGAGUUGAUGGAGAAUCGUAAAGUUAGCUUUGUCCCGGGUUUGUACAAGAUAUUCGACGAAAUUUUGGUGAACGCGGCAGACAAUAAGCAAAAUGACAAGAAUAUGAACGAGCUUCGGGUGACAGUCGACGCCGAGAAAGGCUCCAUAUCCGUCAAGAACAAUGGACGCGGUAUUCCCAUCGAGAUUCAUGGCACCGAAGGUAUAUACAUUCCCGAGCUGAUCUUUGGUCAUCUUCUCACCUCUUCCAACUAUGACGACAAGGAAGCCAAGGUCACCGGUGGUCGAAAUGGAUACGGUGCCAAACUCACCAACAUCUACAGCAAGGAGUUCCAGCUCGACACCGUCGAUUCUCGAACCAAACAACGAUAUCGGCAGACCUGGCGCAAGAACAUGUCCGUUAAGGAGCCGGCGAAAAUCGACAAGGUUAAAGGCGGCGACGACUACACGCAAAUCACAUUCAAACCCGACUUUGAAAAGUUCGGCAUGAAUAACAUGGAUGCAGACUUCGAAGCCCUAGUCAAGCGACGGGUCUACGACAUGGCAGGUACUUGCACUGGCGUCAAGGUAUACUUGAAUGGAGAGCGCAUCAAGAUUUCCAAAUUUAAGCAAUACAUGGAAAUGUACACAAAGGCCAUCAAGACCGAAAGCCUUACAAAACAAGAGGAGGGAGCAACGCCCGAACAAGUCAUCAUCAUCGACAACCCACACGAGCGGUGGGAAAUCGGAUUUGCAGUAUCUGACGGAUCAUUCCAGCAAGUCUCAUUUGUCAAUUCCAUUGCAACGACAGCUGGCGGUUCGCAUGUCAACUACAUUGCGGAUCAAAUCUGUGACAAGCUCGAAGAAGUUGUGAACAAAAAGAACAAAGGUGGCGUCAAGCUGAAGAAAGCGCAGAUUCGGAAUCACAUAUUUCUUUUCGUACGGUGCAUGAUUGUGAACCCGGCCUUUUCCUCGCAGACUAAGGAGCAGCUGACUACGAAGCCGAGCGCCUUCGGCAGUAAGCCGCAAGUGAGCGAAAAGUUCCUCAAAGCCAUUGAAAAGACAGAGGCUGUCAGCAACAUCAUCGAGUUCGCCUUGAAAAAGGCGGAUAAAGUCCUGGCCAAAUCUGAUGGAUCACGCCGUCAGAGGAUGAAUGACGUGAAGCUCACCGAUGCGAACAAGGCUGGUACUAAAGACGGAUACAAAUGCACUCUGAUCCUGACCGAAGGUGACUCUGCUGUCGGUCUUGCGUUGGCUGGUCGUGCCGUUGUCGACUCUGAUCUUUUUGGAGUAUUCCCUCUCCGAGGAAAAUUGCUCAAUGUGCGUGACGCCUCGAUCGAUCAAAUUUCCAAGAAUUCUGAGAUCCAGAACAUCAAAAAGUUCAUGGGUUUGCAACACAAAAAAGAAUACACAGACACGAAGAGUCUCCGAUAUGGUCAUUUGAUGAUCAUGACCGAUCAGGAUCACGACGGAUCUCACAUUAAGGGUCUCCUUAUCAACUUCCUACAAGUGCAGUUCCCUUCUUUGCUCAAAAUUCCUGGAUUCUUACUCGAAUUCAUUACCCCGAUCGUCAAAGUCUGGAAGGGUGACGUUAAGAAGCCCAAGGAAAAGCACACCUUCUUCACCAUGCCUGAAUACGAAGCAUGGCGGCAACAGCCGGGCCACAGCGGAAGCUCAUGGGACCAUAAGUAUCUCAAGGGGUUGGGAACUUCGGACAACAGAGAUGCUCAGAUUUACUUUGCUGAUCUCGACAAGCACUUGAAAGAAUUCCAUGCUAUGCAGGAUGGUGAGCCAGAGCUCAUCGAUCUUGCAUUUUCAAAGAAGAAAGCCGAUGCACGUAAAGUCUGGCUGCAAAACUUUGUGCCUGGAACUUAUCUCGAUAUGAAUGCGUCCAACCGGAUUUCGUACGACGAUUUCAUCAACAAGGAAUUGAUUUUGUUCUCGAUGGCGGACAAUCUGCGUUCAAUUCCCUCAGUCCUCGAUGGUUUCAAGCCUGGACAGCGUAAGGUCUUGUACACGUGUUUGAACAAGAACUUGAGAAAGGAUGCAAAGGUCGUCGAGCUGGCAGGUCUAGUCUCCGGCCAGACCGCGUAUGCAUAUGGUGAUACUUCCUUGCAGCAAACAAUUACUGGAAUGGCGCAGACCUUCGUAGGCUCGAACAACAUCAACACCCUGGAACCCAGUGGCAACUACGGUUCCCGGUUGCAAGGAGGAAAAGAUGCAGCCAGCGCUCGUUACAUCUACACGAGACUCUCCCCCUUCGCCCGUCGCAUUUUCAUGCAAUCUGAUGAUGCGCUACUGACGUACAACACUGACGAUGGCAAGACGAUCGAGCCUGAAACGUAUCUGCCCAUUGUGCCCAUGGUCUUGAUCAACGGUGCUGACGGCAUCGGCACUGGGUGGAGCACAUCAAUUCCCAACUAUCGCCCCGAAGACGUGAUUGAGAACCUCAAGCGUCGCAUGCAAGGCUCGAAGGAGGAUAUGCUGCCAAUGAAGCCUUGGUUCCGAGGCUGGACCGGCGAGACCGAGCAAAUUGCCGAGGACAAGUUCAAAUUUGCUGGCACCAUCACCAAAACCGGGGACACGGAAGUGACUGUUUCUGAAUUGCCCGUGCGAUACUGGACCCAAGAUUUCAAGGACAAAUUAGAAGAGAUCCUAAAAGCCGAAAAAUCGCCGUCGUGGAUCAAGGACUACACCGAGUACAACACCCCAGAACGUGUCAACUUCAUCAUCAAGGUCGAGGAGAAGAAGCUGAGGGAGAACGAGGACAAGCUGGAGGAGCUUUUCAAAUUGGCAAAGACCAUGACAACCAGCAAUCUCGUAGCCUUUGAUGCGCAAGGCAGAAUUCAGAAGUAUGCAACACCAUUGGACAUCAUGGAAGAAUUCUACCAAGUGCGACUUCAGGCGUAUCACAAGCGCAAGAGCUUCCUGCUCAGCGAGAUGCAGCGCGUACUUGUGAAACUGACGAAUCAAGCACGCUUCGUGAAAAUGAUUAUUGACGGGAAGCUUGUGAUCAGCAAGAAGAAGAAGACCGCACUUGUGGCAGAAUUGCAAAAGCUCGAUUUCACACGCAUUCCCAAAGUUGCUGUCAUCAAGAAGAAGGGAGAAGACGAGGAAAUAGCCGACGAAGACAACGAAGACGAUAGUGAGGCAGAUGCUGCUGCGGGCGCCAGUGACUACGAUUACCUGCUAAGCAUGCCUAUCUGGUCGCUGACACAAGAGCGCGUGCAGAAGCUGCUCAAUCAAAUCGGCGACAAAGAAGACGAGCUCACUGCCCUCACUGGCAGAUCCGUGCAGGAUCUUUGGAACGAGGAUCUUGACGAACUGCUCAAGGAGUGGCACACGCAAUUGGAAGAAGAAGCUAAGCUGGACCGGAAGGUCCGCGCUAAGGGACGUCGUGCAUCGACCAAGUUGGGUAUUGGUGCCAAAGGUGGCAAGAAACGAAAAGGCGACGACAGCGACUUCGAUGAGGAUUUCACCGUGCCUAAGAAGAAGAAGCCCGCCGUCAAGUCAACAGGCGCGGCAGGCUUGUUGGCAAUCAAGACAGAGCCGAAACCGGCAGGCGUCUACAAUUUGAUCGAUGGCGUUGAAGAGCCAAUUGUCAAUGCUAUCGAGCAGAAGCCAGUCGUCGCACCACUUGCGGAUCGUCAGACUACUCUCGAUACUGCUUUUGGCUCCGCAAUUGACACCAAGACAAGCUUGCCUAUCAAAGCACUUGCAAAGCGAGCUGCAACGAAGAAGACCGUCAAGUUGGAUGAGGAUGAUGACGACGAAGAUGACCAUUUCGCUGCUGUCGCGGCAGAAGCAGCUGCAAAGCCUGCCCGCGCGGGAAGAGCUGUGGCCCGCAAAGUAUACACUAUCGACAAGGACUCCGACGAUGAAAUGUCAUCCGACGAAGGCGAUAACUUGCUUGACGACGUCAGUGCAAUGGUGAAGGGCAUCGGCAGUGGCAGUGCCGGGGGGCCGACGCGUCUGUUCCACCCGCCAUCAGCGGCGCAAGAUCUCGCCUCACGAGCAGUCAUGCCGAAGUCAAAGAAGCCUUCCGCGGGCAUUGAGAUUUCUGAUGACGAGACGGACUGGGGGACACUGGCACAGAACUCACCGCAGAAAGCGGCACAUCGGACCAUGCUAUCCGAAGACGAGGACACAAUGGAGGUUGACAUUGCCAAACCUGUUCCAAAAGUCGCGGCCGCGGCGAAAGCCAAAACAGUGCCCAAGGCUAAGGCAAGAGAAGCUCCGGCUCUCAAGCCCAAGAAAGCAGCCAGUGCGUCUUCGGCUCUGGCCGCUCUGGCCAAACCCUCUGCGCUCUCGCCUGCAGCCAAGGCCUACGCUGCAAAGAAGGGAAGCCUACCAAGCAAGGUCGCCACGACUGCCGCUAAGAAACAGCCCGUCCUCGAUUCUUCUGAUGCCGAAGACAAUGCUGUCGACCGCUUGGCUAAUGAAAUUCUCAGUGAGGUCGAUGACGAAGACGAGAGUCUGAUCAAGCCCGUCGCUCGUCCCGCUCGUCGCGCUGCAGCUGCGAAAGCGAAGUCGAAGUAUAUUGCUGACGAGGAUGACGAGGACGAGGAUGAAUCGGAGGCCAGUUUCGAAGAGGAUGACAGUGAAUUGUAG